UAUCAGCUGGUGAGGAAGUAUCUGGACUGGGGAGUGAGUCCACAAGCAGCAGCCUGAUGUGGGGUGCCAGAGGCUGAGAGGAGCAGAAGGGCAGCUGCGUCUGGCAGCGGGGAGGUGCAGAGAGCCUGUACUCAAGCAGGGUGAGGCAGGCAUCCAUGCUUGAGGGCACUUCUCACCGGAAGUCAGAACCACGUAGGAAUGAGCAGAGGGACCCGAAGGAGGACAGCCUGGUGUGACACCUUGGCAGUUUGAGAGGAGAUAUUUUAAAGAAAGAAUAACACACAUCUUCUGAGGGCAGGAGAAGAUUUCUUCUCAACAUGUUUUCAGAAAACAUUUAUAUUAACACGAACUUCGAAAGUAAAAUUGACUCCUCAGACAUCAGCACAGACUCUUCAGCUCCUCAAAAGAAGAGCGAGUUUCAGAAAAAUUGUUGUAAAUUCUCCAAAAUUCUCCUGACCUCACUCAUAAUAUAUUUCCUGCUGCUGACAAUCUUAUUCGCCAGUGCUCUGAUCACACUGUUUACAAAGUAUUCUCAGCUUCUUGAAGAAAAAACAGUUAUGAAAGAACUGAAUUAUACUGAAUUGGAGUGUACAAAAUGGCAUUCACUCUUGGAAGACAAAGUCUGGAGCUGUUGCCCAAAGAAUUGGAAGCCAUUUGGUUUCAAUUGCUACUUCACUUCCUCUGACUCUGCAUCUUGGAGCGAGAGUGAGCAGAAGUGCUCCAGCGUGGGUGCUCAUCUGGUGGUGAUCCACAGCAAGGAAGAGCAGGAUUUCAUCCCCAGGACCCUGGACACCGCAGCUGCUUAUUUUAUAGGGCUGCGGGAUGAAGGUCACAGACAAUGGCGAUGGGUUGAUCGGACACCUUACAACGAGAGUGCCACAUUCUGGCACAAAGGUGAGGCCAGCAGUGACAAUGAGCUAUGCGUUAUAUUACACCAUUGGUAUAAUAGAUGGGGCUGGAGUGACGCCUCUUGCAGUAAUAAACAGAAGUCAGUUUGUCAGGUGAAGAAAAUGUACUUAUGA